AUGUAAUCUGAUUAUUUAUUUAUUUAUUUUAAAUUGAGGAAUUAUAAAUUAUUGUAACCAGUGAUUAGUAAGCCAGUAAAUCCAUAUUCAUGUAGAUGAUAAUUGUUGAAUUUGAAAGAUCCAAAAUGCUUGGCAGGUGGAGAAUAACAACCACCCGCUGCCUAAGAAUCAAUGAAUGAGAAAAUAUAUAUUGUAUGAAAGUGAAUAGAAGGUUUAUAAAUAUGUGUUAGAAAGGGGAAUACACAGCCCUAUAAAUACAUGCUUGAAGACUUCUAGGUAUUGUUUAUGGUUUGAUUUUAGUCUAAAUGCUAGGGUAUUUAUUUAGUUUUCUAUGUAUGCUUUUGAUAAGUUCACAACUUGGAGUGCUUAAAAUUUUGGUGCUUUGGUGAUUAUUAUUCAUAAUUUGUUUUAUAUCAUGGUGGUGGGUGACGAUUUUUUUUUUUCUUUCUUCCAAAUAUAAACAUGUCUUUGAGAAUAGUAGAGUACGUUAUCUAGUAAAUGAACCUUAAUAUUUGGACUUCAUAAGCUAAACCUUUUGAUAUUCCAAGAAACAUAUUCUCAGUAACUAUUUGCAGGAGGAAGAAGUUAGGAUUGUAUUUCAGUAACUGCAGAAGAUUGAUGAGAGAAAUCAGAAAUUGUAAGUAGGGUUGAUGGGCUUCUAAAAUUUUGCUCAAAGGAAUAGUGGUUUAAUCCAAUUGUAUGAUCUUGCCUUCUCAUUUAGAAGAUUCGGUGGAUAUUCAUGUAGCAAGUAUGUUUGCGCUAUCUUGAGGUUGUGUCAAAAUCAUUCACAUCACUUGCUUGAUGCACAAACUGCACUGAAUUGCCAAGAGGUCAGUUUCUGAGAAACUAUGGCUGGAUCAGCAAAAACGGAGAGUCUUGAGAAAUCCUCUUCAACCGAAGGCUGGACCGUUGUUUUGCCUCGCCGUGCAAGGCCAAAGAAGAGCUCUUGCAAAACUAUUAAGGCCGAAGAACAAAAGCAAGAGCAACCUUGGACGCCACAGGAUCUCAAAACAGACCCCGAAAGAGAAGCAAAGCUGAUGCAAAAGAUGCAAACCUGCAUUCAGAAACUAGAGAAGUCCGAGUUUUGGCUGACUUUCCUGAACCAAUUACAAACAAGUGAAACCUCAGAUAGGAUUGUGAAUGCUUUGGGCUCUGAAACAAAUAUGUGCAUGGUAAUAUACGGUAUCGGUAGCAUUGAAUCAUAUGAACCGCCUAGAUUGCAGGUCAGCCUUGCAAUCCUGAUGAAACGAGAGUUUAGCUGGAUCGGGGAGAUGGAGGUGUUCGAUCCAAUCAUUUCCCUGACAGAAUCAAAAGUUCUGACAGCACUCGGGUGCUCCGUUCUAUCAAUCAAUGAGCAUGGCCGGCGCCAAGCGGUGAAACCUACACUAUUCUUCAUGCCACACUGUGAGGCAGAGCUGUACGACAAUCUGUUGCAGGCAAACUGGAGAGUGGAUCUGCUGAAUCAUAUCGUUCUAUUUGGUAACAGUUUCGAGGCAUACGAACAUCACAUGUCAGUAUGCAAAGAUCUUACAUCUGCCAAAUCCAGGAAGCAUAUCCUAGCAGCGAGGAAGUUCUCCAAAGAGGUAGGAAUCCAUUGUUCAGAUGAUUGUUUUCGAGCUUUCAAUGGCUCCAGUUGGCAUUUCUUUAGUCUUGAUUCAGAAGCUGCAUUAACGAAUUUAAGUCAUGAUUAAUGAUCUUAACUAGCAUUCUUAUAGACCUUGUGGUUUAGUGGCACCUGGUUUUCACUCUCACAUAGAAGGGAGUGGGUUGCCUAAGUGGAGGCGACUGUUGACUCUUUGUGCUUCAAUAAGUUGAGAAAGUAGCUAUGAACAGAGUCAGCAAUACUCUGCUGAACAAACCUUGACUCAAUUUUUUUUUUUUGGAAGAAUUGUACUUUUUGUCUUGAGUUAUAUAGGGUAGUAGUAGAUUUAGUUCAUGUGUUAUGUCAUAAAUUGUAUUUGACUCUGUUUGGUAUACAUAACUUAAAUUAAUCUUGAAACCCUA